UCCUCGCGCCGUUGACUCUGAACGUGGCUGGCGUAAGAUAGGGCUCGUGCAUCAUCGCUACAAGAGAAUGUUUUAGCGGUAAAUAACGGUACAAGUUGAGAAGUCCUUCAAAGUUUACUUUGUGAGUGCUUAGAAAACUUUAACUUGUGGCUGAAAAGCUUCUGAGGGUUUGUUGGUGUCUUACAUUUCACACGAAUCUGGAUGAUUUGUCGCGGCAAUACCCGUUCUUUAUUAUUAUGAAGGAGAAGGUGUAAGUUGGAGCUGAACUGUUUUAUAAAUAGAAGUUCCCAUGGGUGAAUAAAGGAGUAUAGCGGUAGCCAGUUGGUACACAAAGAAGUGGCCUGUGUCGGUAUUCAGACAGCGGAGAAAUGGAGCGUAUACGUGCUAGAAAGAAAUAAAACCUCGUGGUCUUGCCAACAUAGCCAUUAAUUUGUACAUCGCUCAAUCAGUUUCUUUUGAAAAAAAAACAUGGCUAAAGUUGAUGAAAAGAAGUUCAAAACACCGCCAUGUGUAAUGGAUAGAGAGAAAGGACGAGGACGAAUGGAGAGAAGGGGGAAAAGUUAUGAUGGACGAUGCAGCGAGGGACGUUUGUGGAUAUUUUUAGCUUGGGGAAUAGUUGUUAUUGUGUUUGGAUUAGUGAUCGGAGGAAUAUUUUUGAAUUUACGAGCUCUGACAUCUUCUACGAACAACACUGAAAUUAUUCCAACAUAUGUGAACGCCAUUUCUGUUAUUAUGUCUGGCUUAAUGGUGCUGAUUUUAUUCUGGAGAAGGAAUAUGUGUUUGGUGUUUAGCUGUGUAUUUGUUAAUGUGGGGACAACUUUUGUUAAUGGUAUAGCAGCCAUAUUGUCUGGAACCUUAAUUAUUCCUCCCAUUCAGAACUUUCUCCAUUGUACAUUCAUGGAUGUAAAGAAAGAAUGCCAUUGUUUGUCACCAUAUAGUCGUUCCUCAGUACAUCUAGAUUAUUCAGUGAAAGCGCCUGUCACCUUAAUUUUUCAAGAGACCUCAAGUUGUCAUGAUAUUGAAGUGACAUUACUGCAAAUUCAAUUUGCUUUGUGUGGAAUAUAUGUUGUAGCUGCCAUUAUUUGUAUAGUAGCUGCCAUCCUGGCCUUGUUAGUGAUGAGAAUGGAAAGACAAAGGACAGGAGGAUAUCAGGAUGAUACCUAUGAAGAGAUAUUUACCAUAAGUAAUUCUAAUACACCAGAAACAUCAGAUAGUGAAAAUGAACAUACUAAUAUGUUAUCUCCAUCCAUGGGGCCUUGUUAUGGUGAUUUAGACAAUACUCUUCCUGAUUCUGAUAAUGGCAGCUCUCAAUUACGCUCUAGUUUACGAAGGAGCCAAAGUUGUAAACAACCUCGUGCAGAAACAAAUAAUUUGGAUAUUUUUAACAAUUAUGUUGCAAAGGAAAAAGGAAACACAGCGCCGAAAGGAAAAUUAAAAGAGCAUCGUCGUAGAGACAGACGGGCUGUGACGCUACAUAAUCUAGACUCAAAACAGUUAAUGUUAAUAUUGAGCCUUCAAAUGAGAUAUCUGAAGGAAAAUGAAAAUUCAAAAUCGCAAGUUGAACUAAGUGCUAAAAAACUGGACGAACAGUUACGUCGUUCCUACACUCCUCAGCCAUAUCAUUCCCGUUCACAGUCAUGUGAUUCUGAUAAAGAUGUGCGAUUGGUACGUUCUCAUACACCCCAACCUUAUCAAAUGGCAAGAAAGCAACAAAUGUAUGAAAACACACAAAGUGUUCAGGCAGCACAAAUGAAUGAAUUUUAUGAAAAUAACAUUCCUCCAUGGGAAAGAAACCAGCUAACACCGAAAUCUUCCAAACAAGUUAGCCCCGACAAGUCCACGUGUGAGAAGCGAAAGAGUAAUUAUGUUCCGCAUUACGAGGAAAUUGACGACGUUGUUAGUUAUAUGAGUAACGAUGAGGAUGAUAAAAGAAUUUACAGCAACCAGACUGACAUCAAGUCACAGAAGAAGAAAAAGACAAAACCUAAAGUCAACAUUGAUAGUGAAGAAUCUGAAUUGUCUGACAUUCCACCACAACGCAUUCGACGACCUCCGCAUCGUAAAAAUGUCUCAACAAAUGAAACAAUUCUACCCAAUAAUAUUCCAGUUAUGCAAAAUGCCAUUCCUAACACAGCAGGAAGACCAAAAAGUUAUAUUAAUGCCAUUGAUAAUGUUGUCAGUGAGGGUGGUAUACCUGCAGAUCUUUAUGAACCAGUACAUUACCAUGGUGAUACUAUGGUACCACAUGCUCAGUCUCAGCCAAUCAUGUUAAGGCACAGCGAUCCUGCUAACACUGACACUCUACCAUGUCGAGGCAUUCAUCCCAUGGAAGAUAUUUAUGCUCAACCACGAAAAAAGAAAAAUCCAGGUUCAGCCUUCCAGAGAAUUCCAGAUAGCAUCUCAGCACCAGUUAUUGGUAGAAUUCCUGAUGGCAGUGACAGACGGUCAGCAUUUCACGUGGUGAAAAGGUCAAGUGAAGCAGGAACAGGAAUUGUUGGUUUUAUCAAUCCCGUUACCAACAAUAAUGUUGCUAUGUACCCGGUCGUUGAUCGAAGAAAAGGUUUUGAUGCCCCACCCCCUUACUCACCGCCUCCGUGCUACAGUGACUGUCUAACUAAUUCACGAGAUAGUUCUCUCAAAUCGUCUUCUAGUUCUCAUUCCGCUAAUCUUAGUGACAAUAUGUAUGGCAAAGUUAAAAAUCAGAAAUCAAAAUUUAUAUUUACUCAUGAUCCCGGUCAGGCCAUGGUUCAACAGUCCAGUUCUGACUAUGGUAACUAUGGCAAUUAUGGACAUCCUCAGUGUUAUGAUGGUGGAGUUGUCUAUGGCAACAUUGGAAACCAUGAAAACAGACAAUUUUUAGGAAAUGAAGAAAAGUUAGACCAGCUUCCUCAGUUUUCAUCUCAAUAUCGAGCUAAUUAUGUGAUUAAUUUAGAUCAAGAACAACCUCGUGUGGCUAUUCCUGGAGAAUCGAGUGACUCUGAUGAAAUGGAAACUGUUAUUUAGUGAUUCUUGCCUCAAUAAAUAACACAUUCAUGGUUACUUGAAGAUAAUUAAAUGUGCUAAAAUAUUCAAUGCCAUUAUUCAUUUGCUGUUGCUUAUAUGUAAGAAGAAAUUGUCAAAUUGUAAAGCGAUUAUUGACUGUGGUUUUAAAAAUGAAGUUUACUAACCCAAGUUUUAAUGUACAUUUUCUGUAAAGCAAGAAAUUGUUACAACAUGAAAUUAUUGUGGAUCAUGCUUUACUAAAAUGCAGCAAAAAUAUAUAUAGCUUGCAAGAGCAGUGUGAUAUUUAAAACAUGUGCCUUUACCUUCUACAAUUUUUAUACUUUUGAUAAAUAGAAACCUAAAGAUGAAUCUCUAAUUCUGAUGAACAUGACUGUAUUAUAAACAUUAUCAUGAAAUGAUAGUCAAUGCAAACCCCUCGUUUCAGUCCAAUUUGCCCAUCUUAACAGUGACAAUUACUGACUGGAGAAGUUAUCUCUCAGUCAGUUAACAUGCCAUGAAAUUAGAAAUACAUAGAAUUUCAACUUAAAACCAUGGACUGUGUAUACGUUCCAUGUUAAAACACAAUAAAUAAUAUUAAAUUUUUGUAAAAAAUGUAUUUAAUAGUUGGGAUAAUGCUAAAAAUUGUCAUGUUAUUCUUUUAAUACAAGAAUAUAUUUCUAAAGAAAUUUGGAAAGCCCCAAGUCAAAGGUUUCCAACCACAAAUGAUGAGAUUGUGCUUUGAAAAUAAAAAUUGAUUGUAUAAGUAAAUGUGUAUGUAUAAGUAAAUAUUAACAGUUUGCUUCCCAAGUUAACAGUAAAGAACUAAAGUUUGUGUGAAUGGAAACUUCUGAGUAAUUACAUAUGCAUGUGUAUCCUUUUAAAAAUACAGCUGUAUGUAAAUUUUUUAUUCUUGAGUACAUGGCCAUACUGGUAUACAUGUAUUUUGAAACACAACACCUGCAUCCCACCCAAUGAACUUUGCCAUUUAUAUAAACUGACACUUAAUCAUAUACAUGUGUUAAUAUCAUUCAUAUAAUAGUCAAAGAUAAUGUAAUGGUGAUCAAAUUAUAUGUUAAAAAUAACUAUACCUCAGUUAAAGGGACAACAUUCCCAAACUAGUUUAGAGUUUGACAAAGAUCCAUGGCUACCCCCCCCCCCCUCCCAAAAAAAGAAAAAAGGAAUGGGGUACCAGGUGUUUAAAAAAGAAAUACUAACAUGCCUUGUGUACAACACCCAUAACAACUAAAUCUACCAUCUGAAUUUAUGACUACUUUUACAUUAAUUUAGUUACUAUUGAUUUCAUGCAUCGAUCUUUUUGUCAGUGAAUUCUUUUUUAAUAUACAUGUAAACAAAUCUUUCGGCUCUAAAUUUGCUAAUAAUUAUAUUGUUGUGAAAAAAUAUGUGUUAUCCCUUAAACACUCUGUGUUUCUGUCAAUUAUUCAGUACUCAUUUUAAAAGUCCAAGUUUAUGAAAGUAAAGUUGAAAGAAUCUGAGGAUUGUAGGAACUGUUAAAAAUCAUCCAUGUUGUCAAUAAUAUUUUAAUUUUGGUGUGUAUUGUUUGAAAUGAAUAGAUACCACCCACAUAUAAUAUGAAAAAUGUCUUCUGUGUCCAAGCCUAUAUCCUGUAAAGACAAAGUCUUUCCGAAAAUAUUUUAUUUCUGAUAAACAGUAAAAGUAUUAAUGGGAAGUUUUUUGCAAUUGCUUACUCAGAAUCUUUGAUGCUGAUAUUAGAAAUUAACAUGUGCAGAUGUAUCUAUUCUUCAAUGAUGGCUCUCCAAAAUAUGUUACUGAGCUUAUGUAAACUUAAAAUUCAACACAGUUCGUUAAAAAACAUGGGGGAACAUAUGUCAAAGCUCAUGAUAUUGUCACAAAAUUGGCUGAUUUAAUCAAAAUAGUGAUAAUAAGUAUCCGUAACAAAUGUAAUUUAUUAAUUUAAUGUUAGAACAGACAGUAUUUCUUGGAAUUUAACAAAUUCCUAAUCCCUGUCUGAGUUGAGUUGUUGGAGCACAUAAAUCAACAUUUGUUACAAGUUGAAUUUUUAGAUCAAUAUAGUUUUGUUGUAGGCACAGUUAGUAAAAAAAAAUAAUAGGGAGAUUCUUGUUCUAAAAGUAAUUGUACAUAAAAGUUAUCAAUCAUAUAUUUUUGUUAUAAAAACAUUGUAUAGUUGAAACAUUCAUAUUUUUUCAUAAAAUUGUAUUAUAUUUUUAAAAUCCUGUAUAUGUAUAAAUCAUGUGUAUAUAAUCAGGUAUAGCAUAUAUAUCUAUCACUCUCCUAGCAUAAUACUGUAUAAAAUAAACAUAUAUCAACAAAAUUAACUCUAUUGUUAUAUUUCUAACCCAUUUGCUUACUGCAUGGUCUUUCUCUUGACUUGUUAGAUGUCCAUAUUGAAAUGUGCAAGGUUGUACGUUCGUCGGGCUGUCAGUCAUAUUAGUGAGAUGAAGAAACCUACUCACACCACCUCUGUAGUCGGGACUGACAGAACUGUGUCCCCAUUGUGAAUGCUCUGCAUUGUCCAGAAUAGUGAAAUGAAGCCUAUCAGAUUUCAGCCAUUUCCAUUAA